CACAAUAUACAGCAUGGGAUGCUGGCAUGUGGAGAUCUUGCUGACAAUCAUCAUACAUGUACAAAUCCUACUAGAACCGUUAUGGGCUAUUUAUUCAGCUCCUCUCUUUCUUGGUAUUCCGACCUCGAGAACGUAUAAAACCAGGCGGGUUCAGCAGUAGGCGAACUACAUCUGCCCAUCGACAUCAUUACACUCUCGUCUUGUUGCAUCUCAAUCAUCUACAUCAGCCUGUCUAACUACGAUGUGCAAACAAAUAGCUGAAGGAACACGCUGGCUAAGAUGCGGGCACUUUCAAAGACAUCUCGUCAUUGCCAUCGUAGAUUGCAAUUCAACUCGCUGCGAGCGCAGUUACAGACACCCACCAAACUGUCGGCAACCAAACUGUACUAAAAACUUCGGACCCGAAAUCCAGCGCUCGAUCGACGAUGUCGAUGAGAUUUGUCUACAGUGUCGUACAGCAAUGGCUCGUAGGCGUGGUUGACAAGGCUCGAGCAUCCCUCCUUAGAGAGCGGGCAAAACAUCUUUCCCCAUAUUGAUACUCUCACAUCAUUCGUGUUAGCAUUAUAUUGCACCAUACUUGUAACAUAUCCAUUUCAUACUCUCCGCUCGGAAUCAAACUUUCCGCACCCGAAGGCAUUCGGUUUUGAUACUACUUUAGUCCGUAUCUGGAAGA